UACUUUCAUCGCGCCUCGCAAAGAUCCUCCCCUCUCUCCUCCCUCAGCCCGACCAAAAUCCCAUCGCCCCUCGUCUUCUACGUGACAAUCAUGUGUGGACAAUCCCAAAGUAUUUUUUCGCCGCUCACGCUUUUGCGGUUUUGGUAUCCAUCGCCCAGCUUGUGAGAAGCAGCAGCACCAGCAGUAGAAGGAGGCGUUGUGAGUGUGUAGAGCCUGCCGUCUUUCGGUGACUGGUUGUUGGCUGUCGCGGGGCUGUAUCUCUCACUGGAGUCCAAAUUCGUGGGUUGUGCGCGCAGUUUUUUUCUAGUUUCGUUUUAGCUUGGUUGGGACUUGCAAGAGUCGAAAGGCCUUAGGGUAAUGGGAGAUCUUCAUGUGUCUGGGUCUCCGAGGGGGUUUAUUUCGGGUGGAGAGAGCGCGCGUUAUUUUUCGGGGGUUUGAGGAGAACAAAAUAGCAGUUGGUGUGAUAUUGGGCGUGAUCUGCUGUGGCAGCUGUGAUAAGCUCUGCUUGCGGUCCUGCCUUCGUAUCUGUGAAGUUGGGUGGUCAGACAACUGAUCGCGGAGUCCUGUAAUUUCGAAAGCUGUUAUAAUAUAGGGACUCAUCAGUAGUGAGUCAAAUUGUUUUAUGAUUGCUGCCAGCGAAGCCGGUUGUGCUGAUCCAUCGGACAGGUCUCACAUUGCAUCUUUCUCUCAGAUGUGACUUCGUCUUCGGAACCCUCUUCACUCUCCAGGACCAAUCUUUCCCCAGCACGCCGACUUUGGUUGAGGGGCAUACGCAUCCGGAAAAAGCGAAAGGAUACUCUAUUUCCAUCAGGUUGGACCCUGCAAGUAGAAUACUUAGAACAGCUGCCUAAAAGAGUGCCACAUUACUCGUCUGCUGUGUGGUUUGGAUUGCUCCAUUGUUCACAAAAGUCGCAGCACAGUGUAGAGUGCGCUGCACACGAGGACGGUGAGACAGUGACAAAGUGAGAACUUGCAGAAGUCGUCCAGGCUGGAGAAGCAGCCCACGCCGCAGAUUAGAGUGCCUGCAGUCGAUUGACUGAGCGAUUGUGUCCGAGCCACAUCGCGAUGACGCUUAGCUUGAGACCGGAUGAUCGCGGCGCACUAAGGUCCAUGGAAAAAUGAAAAUUAUUCUCUAUCAUUUCCAGAUGGAUAAAAACAAUCUCCAUGUUAUAAGGUCAAAUUCUGAGAUAGGGUGGGGAAACUAUCAGCAUCACCCUAUGCUGGAAACCUCCAUGAACCCUCUGCUUAAUUACUCGCAAUCGCAGUCAGUGUUUCCACAGCUGAUGGGUGCAGCGGAUCAGCAAUCUUUGAUGGAGGCAUUUGCGCAAGCCAAUGCAGGGUGCAUGCUGAACCAGCCUUCGCAGGGUGGCGGCGACAGCUUGGAUACGCUUCUUAAGUCCAGUAAUAGCUCCAGUAUGGUAGAUUCCAGCACCAGCGAGAUGACGUCCCCAGACAACUACUGUGUCGGUGCGCCGGAGAACAAUCUCCACAUGAACUGUAUCUCCUCCCUUGGUGGCGGCCCUGUGUCGCCAGUCCUGACCAACAUGCUUGAUCGUACUGCCAGCACAGGCGCGUGCCUUGUGGCUGCUCACCAACAAUCCAAGAGCGAGUUCUUCCGCAUGGAGAGCCCUGGUGGGCCUUUGUCGCCAGGAGCACCACCAUGCGGGGAAAGCGAAGAUUCCCUUCAUGGCGGUGAAGCUUCAAUGACGGGUCUCAAGCGCCGCUUUGACGGCGGUGACAAGAACUGGAUGGUAGACCAGAUGCAUGGCAGCCGGAAGCAGCAGAAGCCGCAGCUGCAGCAAUCUGAGAAAGCACUCGGCUUCCAAGACAGUGUCGGAGGUUUCGUUGACGCGGCCUCGACGGCGGGGAUGCCUGGGAAAUACUCCGACCUCGCUACGGUUCCCUCCGUGAUGCAACCUCCGCCACUGUCAUUUCUACCCAGCAUUGCAGCUGGUGGUGCAUCGUCGGGGGUGGACAUAGACAAGUUCGCCAGUGUGCGUGCCAUCUUGUUCCGGCACGCGUCCCAGCCGAUACCCACUCUCGAGGAGAUUGCAAGCUCUCGGCCCAAGAGGAGGAACGUAAGGAUCUCGAAAGACCCUCAGAGCGUGGCGGCUCGCCACCGUCGUGAGCGCAUCAGUGACCGCAUCCGCGUCCUGCAGCGUCUCGUCCCUGGCGGUACCAAAAUGGAUACAGCAUCGAUGCUCGAUGAAGCCAUCCACUACGUCAAGUUCCUCAAGCUGCAGCUUCAGACGUUGGAGCAGAUCGGCAACAAUUGUUGUGAUCCACGCUCUUUCCCGCAACAAGGCAGUGCAGCCGAGGAGCUCGCAAGCUUGGUGCGUCCAUUUGACUUGAACUGCACUGCUGCGUUCCAGACAUGGCCGAUUCCGCCUGCCACUAUGGGGAACCAUGGUGACACAUCUACCAAGUGGGGUACUGAAGCCAACCAGGCAACCUUUUCCGAUGGCAGAAUGUAGGAGCUCAUCCUCAUUUUUUAGCAUUACAGCUUGAGCUCAAUGAGAAGCUCCGAAACACAUCAAUCACGCAUGCCGCGCCUUGAAUGAGAUAUCAAGACGGCGGCAGAACUGGAGGCCACAUUUUGAGGGAAUUCAACGUCCACACAAGCUUGUGUGUUAAAGUUCGGCUGCUUGCCUGCAAGCAAGGACGUGCAGUGUAUUACCGAAGACCUUAGCAGCAAUUUUGCGAGACACCAUAGCACCGAGACAACCGUGACUCGUCUCUAAGACGGAGACCGAUCACCUGGCGAUUCUUUGAUCCACAGCCGCCUGCUCCCUUUUUUUCUUCCCUUACUGCUCAUGUUUUCGAAGUUUCGACCCACCCCUUCCGAGGCUGAACCUUUUUUGUAUCGUAAACCGAAGUAAAUACAAGAACCAACCUCUUCUCCGAUUCAUCAACUCUACAUGCCGCAUUGUGCUCGCUCCUGGAGGAUGCCGAUGGUACAAAAGCGGUACUCAGAUUCUUUCAUGUGGCUCUAGAAGAACGUAGACUAUUCCGUUCCCUGCUUCCUUUGCAAUUUUACUCCUGUACAGUAGGUAUUUAUUCCAUUAUAAUCAGCAGUAGAGCACGACCCUUAAUGGUUUUGGUAAUUUGAACGCUUCCUUUCAGUGCACUGGACCUAGGGAAGGACGAAAGAAUCUGUUUAAGUGAUAGGACCUUAAGCUUAGAUUUGAGCUGCCUCAUGUGCUGCCCAAUGUACAGACCACCACCACUGCAAUGCAAAAAGUAUUGCUGCCUAUGAACAUAUGAUAUGCCCUUUUUCAUA